GUGUGUGUGGGGACGAGGGCUGGGCAGGAUGCCGCUGGCCGUGGAGGAGGAAGCCGGCUCCCCUUCUUUGGCCGCCCUUUCCCCACUUCCCUCCCAGCUCGGCUUGGGUCUCUGGGGGAGCCGGGGCGGAGGAGGAAGAGGUCGAGGAGGAGGAGCCGGCGACCUGGAGCCCACCCCCGCGGCCGCUGGCAGCAGAGAGGAAGCGACGGGGCGGCGCGGCCGGGCCAUGCUGGGCGGGGGUCCCCCGGGCGCCCCGGGUGGCUGGGCCGGGCGCUGGGAGCGACCCGGCUCCGGGAGCCAAGGCGCAGGCAGCCAGAAUUCCGUCCCACCUGCAGCGUCUUUUCUGAAGAAGCGGCUGGCAAGGAGGCCAGGCUACAUGAGAGCUGCAGCCGGGCCUCAGAUUGGAUUUCUCACCCCUGCAGUGGGCACACCGCUCCAUGCCCAGGGCGCAGUGUGCAAUGAGGAGCACCUCCACUCUGGGUCCAGGGCCAGGCUCCACAGCCUCGACUCAAGCCAGGGGCGAGGCCUCUCCCUGGGGAGCCUGACCGUGUCUUCAGGGGGCCACACAGGUCUAGCUCUGAGCCCUGGGAGGGGAUCCUCCUGGUGUUUUGGGAUUCAGUCCAGAGCAGGCCCCACUCUGCCUGACAGGCUUAUCAGGCCCUAUAGCCCUGGGCACAUGGGGUGCCAGCAAGAGUUUUCACCCAUGGACAGUCCUGAGGUCCCGGGUCUGGCCCACGAGAAGGCCUGUGAUGAAGGAGCAAGGGGCAUCCGGCCACAGGGGGACAGCAACAGCUGUAGCCAGGGAAGUGGCCCCCCAGCCUCCUCAGCCCCUCUUGUCUGUCCUGCUGCCUUUAUCUCGAGCUUCAGCUUCAUCAGGCUCUCCCUCGGCUCUGCGGGGGAACGCGGGGAAGCAGAAGGCUGCCUGCCACCCAGGGAGGCCGAGUGUCCUCACCAGAGCCCCACGGAGGUGAGCACGAAAGCUACCAGAACGGACAGGCCUGAGGAGGACCCGGGGCUUCUCUCCCAGCCACUGCAUCCCAAAGCUACUCAGGGCCUGGAGGACUGUGCCUGGGCCACAGGGAGCAACUCCAGGCCAGGGAGGGAGACCCUUGCCUCGCUGGACGGGGACUCUGCCCUGUCUUGUUCCUUGGCCUCCUUGGUGGCUGGCCCCUCUCGUUCCGAGGGCAGCAUCUUGGGCCAUGCUUACAGCUGGGACACCCUGCUCAGGAAGUAUGAGCCUGUCCUGCACGACUGCCUGCGGAGCCACAGGAAGCAACUCAAGAUAAAAUCCUUAAGAUUAAAGCUUCAGAAACUUCAAGACAAAGCAGUUGAGGAUGAUGAUUAUGAUAAAGCUGAGAAGUUGAAACAAAGAUUAGAAGACCUGGAGAAGGAGAAAAGCACCCUGCAGUUUCAGCUUCCUUCCCAGCAGCCAGCGCUCAGCAGAGUCCUGAACCAAUUGGGAGCACAGGUUCAGGCUACCUUGAGCUGGGCCACUCAGAAGGCCAGCAGCGAAGACACCCAACCCAUGCUCAGAAUAGAGCCAAAGCUUCUGGAACCUACUGCUCAGGACAGACUCCAUGUGUCUAUCACUAGGCGAGACUGGCUUCUUCAAGAAAAGCAGCAGCUGCAGAAAGAAAUUGAAGCUCUCCAAGCACGAAUGUCUGUGCUGGAAGCAAAAGAUGAACAACUGAGGAAGGAGAUAGAAGAGCAGGAGCAGCUGCUGCAGUGGCCAGGCUGUGCACUGGCUGCGCUGGCUGGGACACUGCCCUUGAGCGAGCUGCGGGAGAUGGGCCAGGCCCUGGAUGACACCCUGGCCUUGGCCAAUCAGGUUCUCUUCCUUGUGGAGCCACCAGAAGCCAUAAGGAGCCUCCAGGAAAGGAUAAGAUCCCUCAGCUUGUCCCUUAAAGAAAUCGCUGAUAAGGUGUGUAUGAGUGAGAGACUCUGCAGGACCCUGAGGAAGAAAGUUAGUGAUAUUGAAGCCCAACUGCCGGCAUUGCUUGAAGCCAAAAUGCUUGCCAUAUCAGGAAGCCAUUUUUGUACAGCUAAGGACCUUACAGAGGAGAUCGGGUCAUUAGCGUCAGAGAGAGAAGGGCUGGAGGGACUCCUGAACAAGCUGUUGGUGCUGAGUUCCAGGAACGUCAGAAAGUUGGAAAGUAUUGAAGAAGAUUAUAACAAACUGAGACGAGAACUGGAGCAUGGAGAAACUGCCUAUGAAACAAAUGUGAAGGAAAAGACUGUGAAGUACAUGCAGAUGCUUGAGGAUAAACUGCACAGAUCCCAUCAUGGAGGUGAUCACAUUAUAUCAGAUCUCAUCAUGGAAGUGAUCGCAUCAUAUGACUGCCAAACCACUGAGAAUCAUGGCCCAGCCAAGUUGACACACAUGCUUUACCAUCACAUGACCUAUUUGCCUAUUCGUUCACUAACAUCACACUCUUUGAAGAUUGUAGCUUUACAGUAAGUCUUGAAGUCGAGUAGUGUCAGUCCUCUGACAAUUCUUCUUCAGUAUUGUGUUGACUAUCCUGGGUCUUUUGCCUUUCCAUAUAAACUUUAGAAUAAGUUUAUAGAUACCCACAAAAUAAAACUGCUGGGAUUUUGUUUGGGAUUAUGAUGAAUCAGUAGAUCAAGUUGGGAAAAGCUGGUAUCUUGACAAUAUUGAGUCUUUCUAUCCACGAAAAUGAAGUAUAUCUUAGUUUAUUUAGAUCUUUGAUUUUUUUAAUCAGACCUUUGUCAUUUUCCUCUUUAUAGAUUGUGUACUUAUUUUGUUAGAUUUAUAAUGAAAUAUUUUAUUUAAUUUUUUGGUGUUAAAGUAAAUGGUGUAGUUUUAAUUACAAGUUCCAAUUGUUCAUCAUUGGUAUAUAGGAAAGCAGUUGACUUUUGCAUCUUGAUAUAACUAUAUGCAACUUUGAUAUAAUUGCUUAUUAGUUCCAGGAAACAAAGACAGUGUAGUUUUGUAUACCUUUUAUCUGUAUACCUUUUAUUUCUUGUCUUAUUGCACUAGCUAGGACUUCCAGUAUAAUAUUGAAUAGGAGUAGUAAGAGGGGGCAUUCUUACCUUGUUCCUGAUCUCAGGUGGAAAGCUUCUAGUUUCUUAACAUUAAGUAUGUUGUGAGCUAUAAUUUUUGUGUAGAUGUUCUUUAUCAAGUUGAGGAAGUUCCUCUUUAUUUUUAGUUUGCUAAGAGUUUUUAUCAUGAAUGGAUAUUGAAUUUUUUUUUUUUUUUUAGUGUUUUUGUUUUUGGUGAAAGUUUAAAUAGCAAAUUAGAUUUCAUUUAACCGUUUCUAUACAUUUUUUUUUUUUACAGUGACAUUGAUUACAUUAUCUACAUUGUGUCAAAAUACUCAUUGAUUCCAUUCUGGUUGUUCUGUUUCCAUUAAUACAGCUUCUCUUCCUCCCUGUCCCCAGCCUUCUUGUCUUUGCUUUAGGGUCAAUUUUGACAAUUUGUUCUCACAUAGCUGAUUUUUUUUUUUUUUAAGAAGUACAGUACUCACAGGUGAUAUUAUUUAUGAGCCAGUAUGAAAUACAGAUACCCAUUAAACAAACUUAAGACUUCUUCGAUUACCACAUUUCUUGCCUUUGAAAUAAUAAGGCUGCUGUUUUUAUGUUAUUCAGCUGAAAGGUGACCUCUGGGAGUGGUUUCAGUUCAAAGUUUAAAGGGUAUCUCAGAAUGAGAGUCUUGGGUGUUCCUCUAGUCUCUACAGGUCAAGUAAGUCUGGUCUUUUUUAAGAAUUUGAGUUUUGGUUUACAAUUUUUUCCCAUUCUAUCCGGGACUGUCUAUUGUGUCCCUGGUCAGCAUGGCCGGUAGCGAUAUCUAGGCACCAUCUAGUUCUUCUGGUCUCAGGAUAGAUGAAACUGUGGUUCGUGUAGGCAAUUAGUCCUAUAGACUAGUUUCUUCUUUGAGUUUUUGGUUUCCUUCUUUCUCUUUUGCUCCAGACAAGUAGAGACCAAUAGUUGUAUCUUAAAUGGCUGCUCACAAGCUUUUAAGACCCCAGAUGCUACUUACCAAAUUAGGAUGUAGAACAUAAACUUUAUGGACUAUGUUGUGCCAAUUGACCAUAUUGUCCCACAAGACUCUGCUCCCAAGUCUUUAAACCCAGUAAACCAAUCCUGCAAAGUGUUUUGUUACAUCUGGAAAGUAUUUGUGACUGUGCCCCCUAUAUGCUUUAUUAUAUACGUGUGUGUGUAUAUAUAUAUGCAGCACACACAAAUGUGUAUAUGCAUAUGCCUACAGAUACACCUAUACAUGCACAUGAAAUAUAUACACAUAUAUUUCCUAUACACAUAUGCACACAUAUCUACCUAGGUAACCACUCACAUAUUUCUUGAUUGUUACUGCUGUUGUUGCAGAAUUCUGUAUGUUACAGCACUUACCAAAAGCAUCCGUUAUUCUUGUGUACUUCUUAGUGUCAUCAUUAACCUUGGUCAAGUUGUGUACACUUCACCUGCAUUCAGUAUUGCCUUUCCCGUCACCAAAUAUAACAAGUGUCUACUGUCUAGAGACUGAUUUCCUUUCUCUCCCUCUCCCAUAUCUGAUAACCACCAAAGAACAUUGAUUUCUGUAUAUAUACUUAUUUUUGUCUUUUUAUAAUAGUGGGAUCAUACAAUAUUUGUCCUUUUGUGCUUGACCUAUUUCAUUCAGCAUUCUGACCUCCAGAUUCAUCCAUGUUAUGUUUCAUGAAUUUAGAGACUAUCUCAAGAAUAGAUUUGAUGCAUUGAACACUAGUGACUGAAGACCAGACGAGUUGUGGAAUGACAUCAAGGACAUCAUUCAUGAAGAAAGCAAGAGGUCACUGAAAAGACAGGAAAGAAAGAAAAGACCAAGAUGGAUGUCACAGGGGACUCUGAAACUUGCUCUUGAGCAUCAAGCAGCUAAAGCAAAAGGAAGAAUUGAUGAAGUAAAAGAACUGAAUAGAAGAUUUCAAAGGGCCUCUCGAGAAGACAAAGUAAAGUAUUAUAAUGACAUGUGCAAAGAGCUGGAGAUGGAAAACCAAAAGGGAAGAACACGCUCAGCAUUUCUCAAGCUGAAAGAACUGAAGAAAUAAUUCAAGCCUGGAGUUGCAAUAGUGAAGGAUUCCAUGAGGAAAAUAUUAAACAACACAGGAAGCAUCAAAAGAAAAUGGAAGGAAUACGCAGAGUCAUUAUACCAAAAAGAAUUAGUCGAUAUUCAACCAUUUCAAGAGGUGGUGUAUGAUCAGGAACUGAUGGUACUGAAGGAAGAAGUCCCAGCUGCUCUGAAGGCAUUGGCGAAAAACAAGGCUCCAGGAAUUGAUGGAAUAUCAAUUGAGAUGUUUCAACAAAUAGAUGCAACAUUGGAGGUGCUCACUCAUCUAUGCCAAGAAAUAUGGAAGACAGCUUCCUGGCCAACUGGACUGGAAGAGAUCCAUAUUUAUGCCUAUUCCCAAGAAAGGUGAUCCAACCGAAUGUGGAAAUUAUAGAACAAUAUCAUUAAUAUCACAGGCAAGCAAAAUUUUGCUGAAGAUCAUUCAAAAACGGCUGCAGCAGUAUAUCGACAGGGAACUGCCAGAAAUUCAGGCCGGUUUCAGAAGAGAACAUAGAACCAGGGAUAUCAUUGCUGAUGUCAGAUGGAUCCUGGCUGAAAGCAGAGAGUACCAGAAGGAUGUUUAAAAAAACAACACAAGUUGUGAAGGAUGUUUACCUGUGUUUUAUUGACUAUGCAAAGGCAUUCGACUGUGUGGAUCAUAACAAACUAUGGCUAACACUGCGAAGAAUGGGAGUUCCAAAACACUUAAUUGUGCUCAUGAGGAACCUUUACAUAGAUCAAGAGGCAGUUGCUCGGACAGGACAAGGGGAUACUGAUAGGUUUAAAGUCAGGAAAGGUAUGCGUCAGGGUUGUAUUCUUUCACCAUACUUGUUUAAUCUGUAUGCUGAACAAAUAAUCCGAGAAGCUGGACUAUAUGAAGAAGAACGGGGCAUCAGGAUUGGAGGAAGGCUCAUUAACAUCCUGCGUUAUGCAGAUGACACAGUCUUGCUUGCUGAAAGUGAAGAGGACUUGAAGCACUUACUAAUAAAGAUCAAAGAUCACAGCCUUCAGUAUGGAUUACACCUUAACAUAAAGAAAACAAAAAUCCUCACAACUGGACCAAUGAGGAACAUCAUGGUAAACGGAGAAAUGAUUGAAGUUGUCAAGGAUUUCAUUUUACUUGGAUCCACAAUCAACAGCCAUGAAAGCAGCAGUCAAGAAAUCAAAAGACUCAUUGCAUUGGGUAAAUCUGCUGCAAAGGACCUCUUCAAAGUGUUGAAGAGCAAAGAUGUCACCCUGAAGACUAAGGUGUGCCUGACCCAAGCCAUGGCAUUUUCAAUCACAUCAUAUGCGUGUGAAAGCUGGACAAUGACUAAGGAAGACCGAAGAAGAGUUGACGCCUUUGAAUUGUGGUGUUGGUGAAGAAUAUUGAAUAUACCAUGGACUGCCGAAAGAACGAACAAAUCUGUCUUGGAAGAAGUGCAGCCAGAAUGCUCCUUAGAGGCAAGGAUGGCGAGACUGCAUCUUACAUACUUUGGACAUGUUGUCAGGAGGGAUCAGUCCCUGGAGAAGGACAUCAUGCUUGACAGAGUACAGGGUCAGCAGAAAAGAGGAAGACCAUCAGGGAGGUGGAUUGACACAGUGGCUGCAACAAUGAGCUCAAGCAUAACAACGACUGUAAGGAUGGCGCAGGGCCAGGCAGUGCUUUGUUCUGUUGUGCAUGGGGUCACUAUGAGUUGAAACCAACUGGACGGCACCUAACAACAGCAACAACAUGUUUCAUGAACUCGUUAUUAUUCUUUAUACCUGCAUAAUAUUCCAUUGUAUGUACAUACCAUAUUGUGUUUAUCCACUCAUUUGUUGGUGGGCACUUAGGUUAUUUCCAUCUUUUUGCUAUCGUGAAUAAUGCUGCAAUGAACGUAGGUAUGCAUAUGUGUAUUUGUGUCACUGCUGUUAGAUCUCUAGGGUUCAUACAUAGGAGUGGGACUGCUGGAUCAUAACGUAUUUCUAUUUCUAGCUUUUUGAAGACGCAUCGUGCCAUUUUCCAUAGUGGUUGUAUCAUUUUACAGUUCAAUCAGUAGUGGAUAAGGGUUCCAGUCUCCCCACAACCUUACCAGCAUUUGUUCUUUCUGUUUUUUUGAUCAGUGCCAUUUUUACAGGAGUGAGAUGGUAUCUCAUUGUAGUUUUGAUUUUCAUCUCUCUUUAAUGUCUAUUGAUCACAAGCAUCAUUUCAUGCGUUUGUUGACCACUCGAAUGUCUUCUUUAAUGAAGUGUCUGUUUAUGUCCUCUGCCCAUUUUUUUAAUUGGACUGUUUGUCUUUUGUUGUUGAGUUGUUGACAUUUUCUAUAUAUUUUAAAGAUUAGACCCUUAUCAGAUAUGUCGUUCCCAAAGAUUUUUUUCACAGUCUGUAGGUUCUCUUUUUACUCUUUUGAUAAAGUCUUUUGAUGAGCUUAAGUAUUUAAUUUUUAGGUGAUCUCAGUUACCUUUCGCUCUUGCAUUUGUAGCUGUGUUUGGUAAUCUAUUUCUGAAAAAAAUUAGUUCCCGUAGUUUUGCUCCUAUAUUAUCUUCCAGGAGCUUUAUAGUUUUAGUUUUAACAUUUAGGUCUUUGAUCCAUUUUGAGUUACUUUUUGUGUAUGGUGUGAGGUGUGGAUCCUGUUUCAUCUUUCUGAAAAUGGAUAUCCAGUUUUGCUAGCACCAUUUGUUAAAGAGACUGUUUCUCCCCCAUUGAAUGGACUUUGACUCCUUGUCUAAAAUGAGCUGUCCAUAGAUGGAUGGAUUUACUUCUAAGUUCUCAAUUCCAUCCCAUUAAUCUAUGUGUCUGUCAUUGAGUCAGUACCAGGCUGUUUUGAAUACUGUGGCUGUAUAGUGUUUUUUGAGAUCAGGAAGUGUGAGGCCUUCUACUUUAUUCUUCAUCAAUAUUGCUUAGGCUAUUUGGGGCCUCUUUCCUUUACAUAUAAAGUAGGUGAUUUGUCUUUCCAUUUCAGCGAAGAAUGUUGUUAGAAUUUGGGUUGAGAUUGCAUUAGAUCUAUAGAUCGCUUUGGGUAGUAUUGGUAUUUUCACAAUGUUAAGUCUUCUAAUCCAUGAGCAUGAAAUGCUUUUCCUAAACACAACUAUUGGUAUCAAUAGCUUUCUUGUGGAAUCAUUGGUAUUUUCUAUGUAUAGGAUCAUGUCAUCUACGAAUAGAAAGAGUGUUACUUCUUCCUUUCCAAUUUGAACACCUUUAUUUCCAUUUCUUGCCUUAUUGCUUUGGCUAGGACUUCUGGUACAAUAUUGAGUAAAAGUGAUGAUAGUGGCCAUCCUUGUCUCAUUCCCUUUCUCUAGAGGAAUGUUUUCAGUCUUUCUCCAUUGAGAAUAAUGUUGGCUGUUGGUAUUACAUCCAAAAAACCCAACCCUUUUGCUAUUGAGUUGAUUCCGACUCAUAGCAACCUUAUUGGACAGAGUAGAGCUGCUCCAUAGGGUUUCCAAGGAGCGGCUGGUGUAUUCCAACUGCUGACCUUUUGGUUAGCAGAGGAGCUGUUAACCACUGCGCUACCAGGGCUCCUGGUUUUGCAUAUAUACCUUUAGUUAUGUUGAGAAAUUUCCCUUUUACUCCUAUGUUGCUGAAAGUUCUAAUCAGGCAAGGAUGUUGUAUUUUAUCAAAUGCCUUUUCUGCAUCAAUUGAGAUAAUCAUUCUUUUUCCUUUUUUUUUUUUUUAAUGUGGUGAAUUACAUUGAGUAAUUUUCUAAUGUUGAACUACCCUUGCAUUCCUGUUACCAAUCCCACCUGAUCAUGAUAUAUGGAUUUUUUUUUUUUUUCACUCUGUUGAAUUUUGUUGAGAAUUUCCGUGUCUAUAUUCAUGAAGGAUGUUGAUGUGUAAUAUUCUUUUUUGUAUGUGUGAAGCCUUUACCUGGCUUUGGUAUUAGGGUGGUGCUGGCUUCGUAGAAUGAGUUGGGUAGUAUUUUGGAAGAAUUCGAGUAAAAUUGGUUUCAACUCUUCUCUGAAUAUUUGGUAAAAUUCCCCAGUGAAGUCAUCUAGGUCAACCUUUUUUUGUUGGGAGUUUUUUGAUGACAUCAUCAAUCUCGUCUUUUGUUAUGGGUCUAUUUAGAUUCUCUACCUCUAGCUGAGUUAGUUUAAGUAGGUAGUGUGCUUCUAGAAAUUUGUCCAUUUCUUCUAGGUUUUCAAAUUUGUUGGAGUAUACUUUUUCAUAGUGUUCUUUUAUGAUCCUCUUUUUCUCAGUGAAUCUGUUGUAAUAUCUUCAGUUUCAUUUCUUAUUUUGAUUAUUUGCAUCUUCUCAUUUUUUUUCUUCACCAAAUUGACCAGUGGUCUGUCUAUUUUUUCUAUUUUAUUGAUCCUUUCAAAGAACCAACUUUUAGUCUUCUUAAUUCUUACUAUUUAUAUCUGCUCUAAUUUUUAGUAUUUUCCUUCUUCUGGUAGAUUUGGUCUUCUUUUGCUCUUCUUUUUCUAUUUGGUCAAGAUGCCAGGUUAAGUUAUUGAUUUUGAACCUUUCUUCUUUUUUAAUGUGUGCAUUUGCUAUAUAUUUCCCUCUGAGCACUGCUUUUGCUUUGUCCCAAAGGUUUUGGUAUAUUGUAUAUAUAUGAUAUGUUGUGUAUAUAUGGUAUGUUGUGUAUAUAUGGUAUGUUGUGUAUGUAUGGUAUGUUGUGUAUACAUGAUAUGUUGUGUAUAUAUGGUAUGUCGAUAUAUAUAUAUAUAUCUAUAUGGAGCCCUGGUGGUGAAGUGGUUAAGAGUUUAGCUGUUAACCACAAGGUCAGCAGUGUAUAUUAUAUAUCUUUAUGUUGUUGUUGUUGUGUGCCUUAAAGUUGAUUCCAACUCAUAGCGACCCUACAGAACAAAGUAGAACUGUCUUGUAGGGUUUCCUAGGCUGAAGUCUUCAUGGGAGCAUAUUGCCAGGUUUUUUCACCCAUGGAGCAAUUGGCGGGUUCGAGCCACAGACCUUUUUGUUAGCAGCCAAGUGCUUAACCAGUACACCACCAGGAUUCCUUCUAUAUAUAUAUGUAUACAUAUGUGUGCACACAUGUAUAUACAUACACAAAUAUAUAUGGAUAUAUAGUUUAUACGUAGUUUCAGAAAAUAAUAUAAUAAUAUAGUUUCAAAAUAAUAAUACUGAUAUUAUUAAUGUAAUAACUAAAAACAACUUAAGACAUCUUUGCAGUUAUUUUUGUUCUUAGGAUAUAUUUCACUAGGGCUGUACAGUUACAUUACAGAGUGUUAAAGUCACUUUAAUUAAUUCCCCCUUGGUGUAGUUAAAUUACCAACUCAGUGUGUACUUAGCUAAAUGCACAGUUAAGCUUGUUUAUUUUACAUUGUUUCUAUAUUUAGUGAUUGUUUUUUAAAAACACAUAACACAAACUUUAUGGCUUAAAAUCAAAUGUACAAAAUGAGGUAUAUUCAGAGAAAUACCACUUUUAUGCCCUAUCUCCAUCCCCUGUUCCUGCCUUCUCCCUACAGGAAACCAUUUUUACUGAGUUUUUAUCUUUUCAUUGCUUUUUGAUAAUUUAGCCAUAUGUAUUCAUAAUGUCCUCUUAGAUGAAAGGCACUGCAUUAUACACACUGUUCUGCACCCAGCAACAUGACUUUCGAAGGUGAAACGUCCUAGGUGUAGGAAAUAGAAUCCAUCAUACCAUUACUCACCUUCUUAUCUUAGACCUGUUAAUCUAUUCAAUCAAAAUGGGGUCUAGUCCUAAAGAACCAGGAGCCAUAAUCCUCUUUCGAUUUAGAUUUUAGAUCUAUUUUUGUGACCCAUUCUCUGCUGAUAUUCAUGCUUUCCUCCUCAUACUUACAGCAUACCACCUCGGUAUCUGUAAGGACUAACAAUAAAAAAACAAUAGUUGUAAUAAAUUAUAUGUGCUGAUUUAGGGAAUACUGGCCUUUUUUUUUUUUUCUCCAACCUGAUGAUUUGCCUAAAAAUAUUUUUAUGUUAAUACAUGAUAAUUGUAACCAUGGUUUAAAUAGUAAUUAAUAGUCCAUCAAGUGCAUGUACCAUUGAAGGACAUUUGAUUGGUUUCUGAUUUCGUUAUGCAUCAGUUAAAAAAAUUAAUUUAUCUUUGAUCAAACCUUUUCAGCCUUGAAGCUUUAAACCAAUUGGGACUGAUGCCAUUCAAAUAAGUAGCAUGUGUGUUCUUACUUUGAUCUGGUCCCUUUUUCCAGUGCUGGACUUGGGAGGAAAUAUAUAGAUGUUCCCAAGGAAAAUCUUUUUCUUAACAAUUUACAGAGAAGGAAAAUGUGCAAAGUACAAGGGGUAAGGACAGGCAAGGAGGAAAUCCUUUAAAAAAUCAAAAACCGUUGUGAAAAAUCUUCAUUGCUAAUUCUUUUUCUAAACAAAGUGUACCAUACCAGCUGCACGUGAAAUGUGUUAUACCAGAGUUAAUAUAAGAAUAAGGAAAAAGACCGAUUUCAGCCAAAUGGUGGAGUGUUUUAGAGAACACUAGUGGAAUAGAAUCUCAGAUAACCACAAGGCAGGUUCCGGGUCCUAGCACUUAUACUGAUCCUCAGUAGGAAGCUUGUCAUUAUUUUAUCAGUAAUUAUCUACAUGCUCAGCACUGUACCUGAAACCACAGAAAACUAUGGAGUUUACACAUUUCUUUGGGUAAGAUGAGGAGAAGACAACACACAUUUAUAAAAAAGACUUCCAGAUGUUUUCUGGACUCAAGGAGUUGAGAGACGGAGCCCAUCCGUGAGCCUGUGGUUGCCAAGGAAAGCUUUGAGGGGUGAGAAAUUUGAGCUGCCUCCUUCCAGAAUACCAGGAAUGACAUAGCUUGUUCAUGGGGAGAACCAGAAAGGAUUAUUGUGGCAUGAUGGGCAGUACAGAUUUUUAGGUAGCACAGGACCAGUUUGUUGUUAGUUGUCAUCAAGUUGGCUCUGAUUCAUGGUGACCUUAUGGAUAAAAGAACAAAAUGUUGUCCAGUCCUAUGCCAUCUUCUUGAUUAUUGGUGUGUUUGAGUCCAUUGUUGUGGCUAUUGUGUGAAUCCAUCUCACUGAGAGUUUCCUUUGUUUUCACUUAGCCUCCACUUUACCAAACAUGAUGUUCUUUUCUAGAGAUUGAUCUUUCCUGAUGGAGCCCUGGCAAUAUUUCCUGAUGAUGUGUCCAGAGUGUCGAAGAGUAUGAACACAUCCUCCUUUAACAUAAAAACAAAGAGGUUCAUUGGAGGCUUGAGGCAAUUUGAACUGGGGAGAACGCUCUAUCUCAUAGGAAGAAAUCAAGUGCUCUGAGAUGGUGAAAUUACAGAGACAUAUUUAUGGGGUAAAAUCAGGAACUAAAGAUAUAAUUUUCUGAUGGGAAGUUACAAGAUUAGGGAAGUAAAAAGGUGAGAUGGCUUGAAGCAGAGGCCUUACGGUGAUUGGUUGGAAACAUGUAUGUGGACUAUUUGGAUUGGUUAGUUUCCUAAAUUACAGAAAUAUGGGACUAAGGGAGGGUUUACAGGGUGAUCACAAGGUAAUUGUAAGACAUAUACUGGGUAAAACAUUUCCUGAGGGUUGCUACCUUGUUUUGGGUAAAACAUUUCCUGAGGGCUGCUGAGAGGAUUUCUGAUAAGGGUCUUGUGUCAAAACCCUCCCUCAGGAAAAUUCUUUCCAUAUCUUUAGUUUAACCACAGAGAAAAACAUCUGUCUAAAAGUUAAUGGUCACUAGGGAGUAAACAGAAGUAUCUAAGAUGAAGUUGAGACUCAGACCCAGGUCAGCCAUUUUAGUAAUGUCAGGUGCCUAAAUUUUGGAGCUCUCACACAAAAGUAAGUAAGUUGAAGUCUUGCUUCUAAGGAACAUUCUGGUUGUAUUUCUUCUAAGACUGAUUUAUGUGUUCUUUUGGCAGUUCAUGGUAUAUUCAGUAUUCUUCACAUAUGCCACAGUUUGAACUCAUCAAUUCUUCUGUCUUCUUUUCUCAUUAUCCAACUUUUGCAUGUAUAUGAGGUGGUUGAAAAGACCGCAGCUUGAUCAGAUGCACCUUAGUCAUCAAUGUGACGUUGUUGCUUUUUGAAAUGUUCAAGAUGUCUUUUGCAGCAGAUUUCUCCAAUGCAAUACUUCAUUUGAUUUCUUGACUUCUGCUUCCAUAGACAUUGAUUGUUGAUCCUAGUAGAAGGAAUCAGGAGGUCCUUAAGAGGUAGAGGAAACCCUGGUAGUGGAUAAGAGUUAUGGCUGCCAACCAAAAGGUCAGCAGUUUGAAUCCAUCAGGCGCUCCUUGAAAACCCUAUGGGGCAGUUCUACUCUGUCUUAUAGGGCUGCUAUGGGUCAAAAUCCACUCAAUGGCAACGGGUUAGGUUUUUUUGUUUAAGAGGUAGACAAAUAAGUUUAGGUCUGAUAAAACAAGUAAUUGUUCUGAAAGGGGAAGUAAGGGAAGAGUUUGAUAAAAAGUAAUAUUUUAGGAUUGGCCGGCAACACUAGUCACAGCAGAUUAAAAAGGUGGUGGGCUCUCUGGAGUUAGAGAGGCCAAUAAGGAGGCUAUUAAAAUAAUAAAGACAUAAUACCAUGGAGACCUGUCCAGAAUGAUACUAUUGGAGAAGAGGGGGGAGAUGUAAGGACAAAUUUAAAGCAAAAAUCUUUGGGUCUUAGUGACUGAUGAACUGUGGAAAGUAAUAGAGGUGUGUUUCCUCGAUUUUGAGUAUCAGUAACUGGGAGAACGGUUGAUAUGAAUUAGAUUGUGUUCUCCAAAAUACAUGUUGAAUUCCUGGCCCUUUUAUCUAUGGGUGUGAUCCUGUUUGAAAACAGGGUUUUGUUUAUUAUGUUAAUUAGAUCAUACUGAAGUGGGAUGGGUUCUAAAUCUAAUCAUUUCUGAGUUAUAAAAAGAGCACAUUAGACAGAGACGAGAACACAUAGGUUGGGCAGUUGGGUACAGAUACCAUGUGAGGAUUGUCUAGAAGUUAAGGAACCAAGCAAUGCCCUUGACUACUUACAAGGAAGGAAAUAACACAGCUGAGAUACUGGUUUAGAUUUUUAGCCUUCAGAACUGUGGGAAAAUAAAUGUUUGUUCUUUAAAGACACCCACUUGUGGUAUUUCUCUUAUGGCAGCACUAGGAAAAUAAGACAAUGGGUAAUGAAAAUAAAUGAUUAAAUUUAUUUAGUCAGGAAUGGGAACUGGCUUACAGUGUGAAGGGGGAAUAAGAUGAGGAGUUCCUUCCUUCUUUUCUCCCCUCCUUCCUUCCUUCUUACCCUCUCUUUUUCCCUCUUUCCUUUCCCCUUCCUUCCAUCUUCCCUCCCUCCUCAUGCCCUUCCUUUCUUUGCUCUUACCUACUUUUUACAGCUAUUUAUCAAGUGCUUUCAUAGCUUUUUUUUUUUUUCAUAGCUGAUGGUGGCGUAGUGGUUAAGUGCCACGGCUACUAACCAAAGGGUUGGCAGUUUGAAUCUGCCAGGUGCUCCUUGGAAACUCUGUGGGGCAGUUCUACUCUGUCCUACAGGGUCGCUAUGAGUCAGAAUUGACUUGAUGGCAGUGGGUCUGGGUGGGUUCAUAGCUGACAACUAUUUAUACCUUGGAGCUAUACCAGUAAACAAGAGAGACAUAGUCUCUGCUGUCAUGAAACUUACAUUUAAUUGGGGGGUGGGGAGAGGGGCAACUAGAAGAACAGGAUAAUUCAGAUACUGAUAAGUGCUAUGAAGGAAAUAGAACAGGGUCAUGUGUUAGAGAGUGACUGAGGUUGUAGGGCCUGGCAGGGCUACUUUAGAUUAGAGAUUUGGAAAGUGACCCAGAGGAAGUACCCAGAGAGCAGCCAUGUGAAGAUCAGGGCAAAAGGAGCAGAAAAAAUAAAUACCCUAAGACAAGAAUAGACUUGGAAUGUGUGAGGAACAAAAAGACGACUGAUGUUGCUGGAGGGUAAUAUUAAGGGCAUGAAGAUAAGGUUGGAGAGUGUUUUAGCCAAGGUCCAAUCAGAAGGCCAAAGCCAUGCAGAAAUUUGAAUAGGAAAGUAUAAUAUAAAAAAUUAUUAAUUGUGACAGGAGAUCAGAAUAAUGAGAGAUUGCCUAGUAAUAAGUAAAUAGAACUGUAAAGAAUAUAGGAGUAGCAGAUAUUAGGGGCAGCCACUACCCCUAAGGCUGAGCUAGAGCACUCACAGAAUAACCCCCUCCUUGGGGCUAAAAACCAGACUUUGUUAGAGAGGCAUCAAAAUCAGUGGCCAAGAUGUUGCUGUGGUGCCACAUCGGUGUAAUUUGCUGGAAAUCCUCUCUGGAACUUUCUGGAAAUCUGCCCUCAGGGUACCAAGGAAACUGUUUACAAGGAGUUGUCUCACCAGAGGCACUCAGCUAAAAAUCUGUUUGAGAAGGUGCCUGGGGGAAACUGUUGGUUUAGGGGAGCUACUGGCCUCCAGGCCCUGGAGAAGCUGCCAAAAAAACAGGAGCCUGGUGCUGGGGAAGCUAUCACACUGCAGGAGUUGGCAGCUGGGGAAACCAGACAUGCUGCAGGAGCUGGGUGCUGGAGGGGCCUGUACACUGUGGGAGCUGGGUGCUGAAGAACCCAUCCCACUUCAUGAACCUCUGAGGAAGCACACUGGAGCCAGGAAGGAAAAUACUCUCCAUCUGUAAUAUCUCUCCAGUGCCCUCUUCUGACAAAAUCUAACAUUGUGUCAGUUGGCAAAGGAAAAAGUCUUUAAAGGGCCCAUCUAUAUUUUCGCUCAGCAGGCAAUGAAAGGUCAUUUGGAGCUAAAAGGCAAUACAUUGAUAAGUGGCACAAAGAGGAAUUCAGGAGCACAAUCCUGGAGGUCUUUGUCAUGGUGGUAAUGAUGAUGGUGAUAAUGGAAGUACUGAUAGUUGUAUCUGCUAAGUACAGGUGCUGUUCUUAGUGCUUUGUAUAUUUCAACUUCAUUUAGUCUUCACACUCCAAUGACGUAGAUAAUACCAUUAUUCCCAUUUUAAAGAUGAAGAAGAUGAGGCGCAGAGAGGGUAAAUCACCUGCCCAUAAUCACAUGUUAGUCAAGGGUAGAGACAGGAUUCAAACUUGGGCAGUAUGACUCCAGAUCUGCCUCCCAGGCUGUAUCAAGUCAUUACUGAUUUUUGAACAGACAAAUAAACAUAGCUGGAAAGAAAAAUACUUAAAAGAACUUUGCAAUAGACCCUUUUGUGAUUAAACCAGUCAUGUCUAUUUUAUAAAUUCAGAAAUUUUAAUUACUUUAAAAUAGGGUACAGGCAAACAGAUGAAGUUUUGCAAAGGAAGAGGGAGAAAUUGGAUAAUCAAAGUAAAAUACUAGAAAAUAAUAUUUUAUGAAUGUUUAAUUGGCUUUGGGUUCAUUUAGCUUGACAGAGAAAGGGGGAAAGGUCAAAAUUAUUGU